GGCAGGCAGCAUGUGGCACCGGGGGGUGGCAGUGCCACCCUGCUGCUGUCCCCUCUCCUGAAGCUCUGUCUCUCGGCAGGACGAUGGUGAACGCAGCCUUCACUGAGAUCCGGGAGGCAGCAUUCGCCCACAUCCCCUCCCUGCAGUUCCUCCUCCUCAACUCCAACAAGUUCACGCUGAUUGGGGACAAUGCCUUCGCUGGGCUCUCACACCUGCAGUACCUGUUCAUCGAGAACAACGACAUCCAGGCGCUCUCAAAGGGCACCUUCCGUGGGCUCAAGUCCCUGACACACCUGUCCUUGGCCAACAACAACCUGCAGACAUUGCCUCGGGACCUCUUCAAGCCGCUGGACAUCCUGAGUGACUUGCAGUUUGAGGGACAGCGGAUCCGGGACCUGGCGCUUGGGGACUUCCAGUGCAUCACCACAGAUUUCGUGAUGCACCAGGUCCUGCCCUUCCAGUCAGUGUCAGCUGAGCCCUUCACCUAUGCCAGUGACCUGUACGUGGCCCUGGCACAGCCUGGUGCCAGCAGCUGCUCCAUCCUCAAGUGGGACUACGUGGAGCGCAAGCUGCGUGACUUCGACCGCAUCCCUGCUCACUCGGCAGUGUACUGCAAACCCAUCGUGGCUCAGGACCAGCUCUAUGUGGUGGUGGCUCAGCUCUUUGGUGGCUCCUACAUCUACCGCUGGGACACGGCCGUGGAUAAGUUCAUCAAGAUCCAGGACAUCGACAGCCAAAAGAUCCGCAAACCCAACGACAUCGAGGCCUUCCAGAUCGACAGCGACUGGUACUUCGUCAUCGCCGACAGCUCCAAGGCAGGUUCCACCAGCCUCUACCGCCUCAACCAGAACGGCUUCUACUCCCACCAAGCUCUCCAUGCCUGGCACCGCGACACCGACGUGGAGUACGUGGAGAACGACGGCAAACCACGGCUGAUCAUCUCCAGCAGCUCCCAAGCUCCUGUCAUCUACCAGUGGAACCGUGCCCAGAAGCAGUUCGUGUCGCAGGGGGAGGUGGGGGAGAUGCUGGACGUGCAGAUGGUGAAGCACUUCAGGUCGAAGAGGGACCAGUUCCUGUGCCUCAGCCGCUACAUCGGCGACUCCAAGGUGGUGCGGUGGGAAGGGCAGCGAUUCCUCGAGGUGCAGACGCUGCCGUCCCGCGGCUCCAUGGUGAUGCAGCCCUUCGCCGUGGGGCAGAGGCAGUACCUUGCCCUGGGCAGUGACUUCUCCUUCACCCACGUGUACCUGUGGGAAGAGGAGAAGCAGAAAUUCGUCAAGUUCCAGGAGCUGUCGGUGCAGGCGCCGCGGGCGUUCCGCUACGUGCCGGCGGCCGACGUGCAGCUCCUCCUGGCUCCCAGCUUCAAGGCCAACACGGUGGUCUACCGGCACGUGGUGGUGGACCUCAGCCUCUAG